AUGCAGUCCUUCUCACUACUGUUGCUGCUGCUGCUGCUCCACCCGUGCUUCUCAACAACCACGACCAGAGGGCUGCUGUGCGGGAGUUCUCCAGAAGCCUGUGCCAAUGGAGGCACCUGCCUGACUUUGUCUCUGGGGCAAGAGGUCUGCCAGUGUGCUCCUGGCUUCCUGGGUGAGACCUGCCAGUUCCUUGACCCCUGCCAGGAUUCCCAGCUCUGCCAGAAUGGAGGCAGCUGCCAAGCCCUGCGCCCUGGCCCCUCAGCCUCUCCUAGCACACCGUCUCCCUUGGUCCCCAGCUUCUUCUGCACCUGUCCCCCUGGCUUCACUGGUGAGAAGUGCCAGACCCAGCUCGAGGACCCCUGUUUUCCCUCCUUCUGUUACCAAAGGGGCCGCUGCCACAUCCAGGCCUCAGGCCAACCACAAUGCCACUGUAUGUCCGGAUGGACAGGUGAGCGGUGCCAACUUCGGGACUUCUGUUCAGCCAAGCCUUGUGUCAAUGGAGGGGUAUGUCUGGCCACAUACCCCCAGAUCCAGUGCCGCUGCCCACCUGGCUUUGAGGGUCAUUUCUGCGAACAUGAUGUCAACGAGUGCUUCCUGGACCCAGGACCUUGCCCCAAGGGCACUUCCUGUCAUAACACCCUGGGCUCCUUCCAGUGUCUCUGUCUCACUGGGCAUGAGGCGCCACACUGUGGGCUCCAAGCAGGACCUUGUCCCCCUAGAGGCUGUAGCAAUGGGGGAACCUGUCAGCUGGUGCCAGGCGGAGACUCCACCUUCCACCUCUGCAUCUGCCCCCCAGGUUUCACAGGCCCAGACUGUGAGGUGAAUCCAGAUGACUGUGUUGGGCACCAAUGUCAGAAUGGGGGCACUUGCCAGGAUGGGCUAAGCACCUACACCUGCCUCUGCCCAGAGAUUUGGACAGGCUGGGACUGCUCUGAGGAUGUGGAUGAGUGUGAGGCCCAGGGUCUACCUCACUGCAAAAACGGGGGCACCUGCCAGAACUUAGCUGGAGGCUUCCACUGCACAUGCGUGAGUGGCUGGGGAGGCACCCACUGUGAAGAGAACCUAGACGAUUGUGCCGCCGCCACCUGUGCCCCAGGAUCCACCUGCAUUGACCGCGUGGGCUCCUUCUCCUGCCUCUGCCCACCUGGUCGCACAGGUCUCCUUUGCCACCUGGAAGACAUGUGUCUGAGUCAACCUUGUCACCAAGAAGCCCAGUGCAGCACCAAUCCCUUGACGGGCUCCACCCUCUGCUUGUGUCAGCCGGGCUACUCUGGGCCCACCUGCCACCAGGACCUGGAUGAAUGUCAGAUGGCCCAGAAAGGCCCCAGUCCCUGUGAACAUGGCGGCUCCUGCCUCAACACCCCUGGGUCCUUCGAUUGCCUCUGCCCCCCUGGCUACACAGGUUCCCGUUGCGAAGUAGAUCACAAUGAGUGCCUGUCCCAGCCCUGCCACCCAGCCAGUACCUGUCUGGACCUGCUCGCCACCUUCCACUGCCUCUGUCCACCAGGCUUGGAAGGACAAUUCUGUGAGGUGGAGACAGAUGAGUGUGCCUCAGCUCCUUGCCUGAACCAUGCUGAAUGCCACGACCUGCAAAAUGGCUUCCAGUGCAUCUGCCUACCUGGAUUCACCGGCACGAGAUGUGAGGAGGACAUUGACGAGUGUGAAAGCUCUCCCUGUGCCAAUGGUGGACAGUGCCAAGACCAGCCUGGAACCUUCCAUUGCAAGUGUCUCCCAGGCUUUGAAGGCCCUCGUUGUCAGACAGAAGUGAAUGAGUGUCUGAGUGGACCAUGCCCCACUGGUGCCAGCUGUCUUGAUCACCCAGGAGCUUUCUCUUGCCUCUGUCCUUCUGGCCUCACAGGCCAGUUUUGUGAGGUCCCCGUAUGUGAUCCCAACCUUUGCCAACACAAGCAAGGAUGCCAGGAUUGGGAGAACAAAGCUCACUGCCUCUGCCCUGAUGGAAGUCCUGGCUGUGUCCCUACUGAGGAUAACUGUACCUGCUACCAUGGGCACUGCCAGAGGUCGUCAUGUGUGUGUGACAUGGGCUGGACAGGGCCAGAGUGUGAGGUGGAGCUUGGGGGCUGCAUCUCCAUCCCUUGCGCUCAUGGAGGGACCUGCUCUCCCCAGGCCUCUGGCUAUAACUGCACCUGCCCCACAGGCUACACAGGGCCCACCUGCAGUGAGGAGGUGACAGCUUGUCACUCGGGGCCCUGUCUCAAUGGUGGAUCCUGCAGGCCCACUCCUGGAGGUUACUCUUGCACCUGCCCCCCAAGCCACACUGGGGUCCACUGCCAGAGCAUCACUGACCACUGUGCUUCUGCCCCAUGCCUCAAUGGGGGGACCUGUGUGAAUAGACCUGAUACCACUACCUGCCUCUGUGCAAUGGGCUUCCAGGGCCCACGUUGUGAAGGAAGGACCCACCCUAGCUGUGCAGACAGCCCCUGUAGGAACAGGGCAACCUGCCAAGAUGGCCCUCAGGGUCCCCGAUGUCUCUGUCCCCCUGGCUACACUGGAAGCAGCUGCCAGACCCUGCUGGAUUUAUGCAUGCAGAAGCCUUGUCCCCACAAUGCUCACUGCCUACAGACUGGACCUUCUUUCCAGUGCCUGUGCCUCCAGGGAUGGACUGGGCCUCUCUGUGACCUUCCCCUAUCCUCCUGCCAGAGAGGUGCUCUGAGCCAAGGUACAGAGGUUUCCUCCUUGUGUCACAAUGGAGGCCUCUGCAUCGACAGCGGCCCCUCCUAUUUCUGCCACUGCCCCCCUGGGUUCCAAGGCAACUUUUGCCAGGACAGGGUGAACCCAUGUGAGUCCAGGCCCUGCCAGCAUGGAGCCACCUGCAUAGUCCAACCCAAUGGGUACCUCUGUCAGUGUGCCCCAGGCUACCGUGGACAGAACUGCUCAAAGGAACCUGACGCAUGCCAGUCUCAGCCUUGUCACAACCAGGGUACCUGCACCCCCAAACCUGGGGGCUUCCAGUGCUCCUGCCCUCCCGGCUUUGUGGGUCUGCGCUGUGAGGGGGACGUCGACGAGUGUCUGGACCAGCCCUGCCACCCCACGGGCACUGCAGCCUGCCACCCUCUGGCCAAUGCUUUCUACUGCCAGUGUCUCCCUGGACACACAGGCCAGUGGUGUGAGGUGGAGCUCGACCCCUGCCAGAGCCAGCCCUGUUCCCAUGGAGGGUCCUGUGAGACCACAACAGGACCACCCCCAGGUUUCAUCUGCCACUGCUCCACGGGUUUUGAAGGUCCCACCUGCAGCGACAGAGUUCCCUCCUGUGGCCUCCAUCACUGCCACCAUGGUGGGCUUUGCCUGCCCUCUCCUAAGCCUGGCUUGCCACCCCGCUGUGCCUGCCUUAGUGGCUAUGGGGGGCCUGACUGCCUGACUCCUCCAGCUCCUCAGGGUUGUGGGCCCCCCUCCCCAUGCUUACACAAUGGCAGCUGCUCAGAGACCCCCGGAUUGGGAGGGCAAAGUUUUCGGUGCUCCUGCCCUCCCAGCUCUCCAGGACCCCGGUGUCAAAGACCAGGAGCCAAAGGGUGUGAUGGCAGAGGUGGGGAUGGGGCCUGUGACGCUGGUUGUAGUGGCCCAGGGGGAAACUGGGAUGGAGGGGACUGCUCCCUGGGGAUCCCAGACCCCUGGAAGGACUGCCCCUCCCACUCCCGGUGCUGGCUUCUCUUCCGAGAUGGACAGUGCCACCCACAGUGUGACUCUAAGGAGUGUCUAUUUGAUGGCUACGACUGUGAGAACCCUCCAGCUUGCAGCCCAGCCUAUGAUCAGUACUGCCAUGAUCACUUCCACAAUGGGCACUGCGAGAAAGGCUGUAACACUGCCGAGUGUGGCUGGGAUGGCGGCGACUGCAGUCCCAAAGCUGGGGACUCACAGUGGGAGCCCUCCCUAGCCCUGCUAGUGGUGCUGAGCCCCCAGGCCCUGGACCAGCAGUUACUUGACCUGGCUCGGAUGCUGUCCCUGGUCCUGAGGGUAGGGCUCUGGGUGAGAAAGGAUGGUAAUGGCAUGGACAUGGUGUACCCCUAUCCUGGGCCCCAGGCCGAAAAGGAGUUGGGAAAAAUCUCAGACUCCUCUCAGCAAGAGACCACAGGCCCUCCAAUACCACCCCUGGGCAAGGAGACAGAUUCUCUCAGCACUGGGUUUGUGGUGGUCAUGGGUAUGGAUUUAUCCCACUGUGGCCAUGACCACCCUGCAUCCCGCUGUCCCUCGGACUCUGGGCUCCUGCUCCGCUAUCUUGCAGCCAUGGCUGCAGUGGGGGCCCUGGAUCCCUUGCUACCUGGACCUCUCCUGGCUGUCCACCCUCAUGCAGGUACUGGGCUCCCGGAUAAAUGGCUCCCCUGGCCUGUGCUGUGCUCUCCAGUGGCUGGAGUGCUUCUCCUAGCUCUAGGGGCUCUUCUUGUCCUUCAGCUUAUCAGACGUCGACGUCGAGAGCAUGGGGCCCUCUGGCUGCCCCCUGGUUUCACACGACGGCCCAGAACUCAGAGGGCCCCCUGCCGACGCCGGCCCCCACUGGGCCAGGACAGCAUUGGCCUCAAGGCUCUGAAGCCAGAGUCAGAAGGUGAUGAGGAUGGAGUUGUGAUGUGUUCAGGACACGAGGAAGGCGAGGAGGAUGAGGAAAUGACCCCACCUUCCAAGUGCCAGCUGUGGACUCUGAGUGGAGACUGUGGGGAGCUCCCCCAGGUAGCCAUGCUCACCCCCCCACAGGAGUCUGAGAUGGAGGCCUCUGACGUGGACACCUAUGGACCUGAUGGGGUGACACCCUUGAUGUCAGCAGUUUGCUGUGGGGGAAUGGAGUCCAGGACCUUCCAAGGGGCAUGGUUGGGAGGGCCUGAGCCAUGGGAACCUCUGUUAGGUGGAGGGGCCAGUCCCCAGGCUCACACUAUGGGCAGUGGGGAGACCCCCCUGCACCUAGCUGCCCGAUUCUGCCGACCAACUGCUGCCCGACGCCUCCUUGAGGCUGGAGCCAAUCCCAACCAACCAGACCGGGCAGGGCGCACCCCACUUCAUGCUGCUGUGGCUGCUGAUGCAAAGGAAGUCUGCCAGCUCCUGCUCCGGAGUAGACAGACUGCAGUGGAUGCGCACACUGAGGACGGAACCACACCCCUGAUGCUGGCAGCCAGGCUAGCAGUGGAGGACCUGGUAGAAGAACUGAUUGCCGCCAGAGCAGACGUGGGAGCCAGAGACAAAUGGGGAAAAACCGCGCUGCACUGGGCCGCCGCCGUGAACAACUCCCUUGCCGCCCGCUCCCUUCUGCAGGCCGGAGCCGAUAAAGACGCCCAGGACAGCAGGGAACAGACGCCGCUGUUCCUGGCGGCCCGAGAAGGAGCAGUGGAGGUAGUCCAGUUGUUGCUGGGCAUGGGAGCGGCCCGAGGGCUGCGGGACCAGGCUGGACUAACGCCUGAAGACGUCGCUCGCCAGCGAAACCACUGGGACCUGCUGAGGCUAUUGGAAGGGGCGGGGCCAUCGGAGGCGCGUCACAAAGCCACGCCGGGUCGCGGAGCUGGUGCCUUCCAGUGUACGCGGAUCGCGUCGGGGAGCGUGCCUCCCCGUGGAGGCGGGGCUCUGCCACGCACUCGGACGCUAUCAACAGGAACCCGCCCUCGAGGGGGCGGGGCUUGCCUACAAGCCCGGACUUUAUCCGUUGACUUGGCCUCCCACGGGGGCGGGGCCUAUCCGCACUGUCGGAACCUAUCGAAAGGAGGAACAGAAAGAGGCCUACACCCCCGUGGUCGUAGCUCUUCUGAAGGCAUGCGCGGGCCUUGGCCCUGCCCUGCCUCAAUGCGCGGAAGAUCCGGGGUCGCGGCCCGGUGCGGAGGUGGAGCCCCGGCGACGGACUGGCCCUGCGAUUGGGUAGCUCUGGGAGCCUUCGGGCCCACCCCCAGCACAAAGAUUCCGCCUCUUUGCCUCACUCCGUCCCCGGAGCGGGGAUCCCCUCAAGCUGAAUGUGGUCCCCAAGUCCUUAAUGCCGGCGCUGAGAACCAAAAAUAG